AUGGUGCAUUCGUUCAAGUAUAUCAUCGUUGGAGGAGGAGUUUCAGCUGGUUAUGCAGCAAGAGAGUUUGUGAAACAAGGAGUUAGGCCUGGGGAGCUUGCAAUUAUAUCUAAAGAAGCGGUUGCACCUUAUGAACGUCCUGCUCUGAGCAAGGCUUACCUUUUUCCAGAGUCUCCUGCUAGGCUUCCAGGGUUCCAUACCUGUGUCGGAAGUGGGGGAGAAAGAUUGCUUCCAGAGUGGUACAGUGAGAAAGGGAUACAGUUGUAUCUCAGUACAGAAAUUGUAAGUGCAGACCUUGCUGCAAAAUUUCUGAAAAGUGCAAAAGGAGAACACUUCGAUUUCCAGACAUUGGUUAUCGCAACAGGCUCAGCUGUUAUAAGGUUGUCAGAUUUCGGUGUAGAAGGAGCUGGUGCCAAAAAUAUAUUUUACUUGAGGGAGGUUGAUGAUGCUGACCAAUUGUACGAGGCAAUCAAAGCAAAGAAGAAUGGAAAAGCUGUGGUUGUCGGAGGAGGAUACAUUGGUCUGGAGUUGAGUGCAGUUUUGAAACUCAAUAAUGUUGAUGUUACCAUGGUCUACCCAGAACCUUGGUGUAUGCCAAGACUUUUUACUUCUGAAAUUGCUGCUUUCUAUGAGGGAUAUUAUGCCAAUAAAGGUAUCAAUAUCAUUAAAGGGACAGUUGCUGUUGGAUUCACUUCCAACUCCGAUGGAGAGGUAAAAGAAGUCAAACUAAAGGAUGGCAGGGUCCUGGAAGCAGAUAUUGUUGUUGUUGGUGUUGGAGGAAGGCCUCUAAUAUCCUUAUUCAAAGGGCAGGUUGAUGAGCAUAAUGGUGGAAUCAAGACUGAUUCCUUCUUCAAAACAAGUGUUCCUGAUGUAUAUGCCGUUGGUGAUGUUGCUACCUUCCCUUUGAAAUUGUACAAUGACGUGAGAAGAGUUGAACACGUUGAUCAUGCUCGCAAAUCAGCUGAGCAGGCUGCAAAGGCCAUCAUUGCAGCAGAUGCAGGAAAAUCAGUUGAAGAGUAUGAUUACCUUCCAUACUUCUAUUCCCGUGCAUUUGAUCUGUCUUGGCAAUUCUAUGGUGACAAUGUUGGCGAGACAGUGCUAUUUGGAGACAACGAUCCCGCAUCAUCAAAGCCUAACUUUGGUACAUACUGGAUUAAAGAAGGGAAAGUUGUUGGGGCCUUUUUGGAGGGUGGAACUCCUGAUGAGAACAAAGCUAUUGCCAAAGUUGCAAGAGUCAUGCCUGCAGUGGCGGAUGUGAAUCAACUUGCAAAGGAAGGCAUUUCUUUUGCCAGUAAAAUUUGA